ACUUUUGGCAACACCUUAGUUAAUAAACAAAACAAGCAAAGAAACUUGUAGAAAUUAUAAAAACAUAGACUAAUUAGUAUUUUUUAUUUUUAUUAAUAAAAAAAAUGGAACACGCACGUUCCGAUUGUAUAUUAAGAGAAAUCCUAGAGGAACGCAAAUCUUUAACCGGAUUUUUAGAUGCAGUUUUUGGUUUUAUGAGCAGAAACACAGACUUCUUUCAUAUACAAAAAACAAAAGAUGAUAAAAUAGGCUUCCCCAGAGGUGAUAAGGAACAAAUUUUAAUGAGUUGUAUGCAAAAAUAUGAACACAAAAUGGAAGAACCAAAACUGACAAGGGAUCUAAUAGUAGACGUACCGCAAGUGGUAGCAGAAGAAGUGGAAAUUAUGUCGGAAGAAAUUAAUGAUGGAAAUUUAAACAAUAUGGAUCCCGCGGUAGAUGCAAUUAAACAGAAUGAUAUUGAAAUGUUGGAAACAAAAAAUAAAAAUGAAAUUUCUGCGAAUACUAUAAAAUUUAAUGAGGAUGACUACAAAAAUGGUUCGCUAUUUGAAAACUAUUGUUGGUCACAGACUUUAAAAGAUGUAGAACUACAGGUACUCCUACCUAAAGAAGUAAAAAUUGCAAAACAUGUUAAAGUCUUAUUGAAAACAAAUAGAAUGACAGUGAAAACCUUACUGCCCAAAGAAGAAACUUUAAUUGAUGCCGAAACGUGGGAUAAAUACAGACACAAUGAUGUACUUUGGAGCAUAACGGAUGGAAAACUGGUUAUAAAUUUUGAUAAACUUAAAGAAUGUUGGUGGGAUAAGCUAUUUUUAAGUGAUAUAUCGGCUAUUGAUAUAAAAGCAGUUGAUACUGAACGUCCUUUAAAUGAUUAUUCGCCAGAUACUCAAAAUGAAAUAGAAAAGUUACAUUUACAGCAACAGUCGCAACAAACACAAGACUUAAAAACUUUGCCCUUAAGCGAAAGUGAACAAAUGGCCCGUUUACGACAAGCUUGGAAUGCUGAGGGAUCUCCUUUUAAGGGACAACCGUUUGAUCCAUCAGUAGUUAAGUUUAAUUAAAGAGAAACGGUUAAGUAAACAUUAUCCAAAAAUAAAGAGAAUCUUUUUUCUAUAAA